AUGAAACUUUUGAAACAAUCAUUUGAAAAGGAUAAGUCCGGUGCGACAACUUUGAUACCCCAAGAUAAAGAGGAUUUGUGGCAAUUGUACAACCUUAUCCAAACAGGCGAUGAGAUAAAAUUGAGCACAAGUAGAAAUGUAAAGAAAACACAAGGAGGUGCUGGAACUUCAGCUUCUUCAGGAAGUAGCGGAAAAGAUAAGGGUAAAACAGAAAGAGUGAAUUUGACCCUUAAAUUGAAAAUAGAAAAUGUAGAUUAUACCCCAUCAGAUGAGGUUUUAAGAGUCAGAGGUAAGACUGUAGAGCCGAACGAAUACGUCCCUAUGCAAAGUUAUCAUACUGCAGAAGUUCAACUAAAUAGUAAACCAUUCACAUUAUACAAAGAAGAAUGGGAUGAAAUAAGCUACGGUAUAAUUGUCAAGGCGUGCUCUAUUGAAGAUAAGGCAGAAAUUGGAGCGGUGGUAAUGGAAGAAGGAGUUGCCCACAUUUGCUUAAUUACCGAUAAUAUGACUGUCUUAAGAAACAAAAUCGAAAAACUGAUUCCUAGAAAAAGAAGAGGAGAAGGUGGUGGUGGCCAACAUGACAAAGCUUUAGAUAAGUUUUACAAUAUGGUGAGUACAACCAUGAUGAGAAAUUUUGAUUUCAAUAAAUUGAAAGUUAUCAUAUUAGCGUCACCAGGUUUCACUGCGAACGCCUUAUAUAAGUACAUGUUAGCUAUUGCAGCAAAGGAAUCCAACGGAGCAAGCGGUGCGACAAACGCAAUCAGUGAGAACGAAAAGCGUAGUGUUAUUACCAACAAGUCCAAAUUCAUAAUAGCCCAUUCUUCUACAGGGUAUCUACAUGGAUUAGAAGAAGUGUUGAAGGACUCAUCGAUUCAACUGAAACUUCGCGACACGCAAUUCGCCCGUGAAACGUUAAUAUUCGAUGAAUUUCAAAGAACUUUGAAUGCUGACGAUGAUAGAGCUUGGUACGGGCCAACUGAAGCAGCAAAGGCUGUAGAAUUGGGUGCGGUUAAGUAUUUAAUGAUUACUGAUACCUUGUUCAGAAGUGACGACUUGGGCGUUAGAAAGCACUAUAUACAACUUGGUGAAGAGGUGAAGAAAACAGGAGGUGAAGUAUUGAUAUUCUCCUCUUUGCAUGAACUGGGAGAACAGUUAAACCAAUUGACUGGUGUGGCAGUGUUGUUAACAUACCCAGUUCCCGAUCUUGAUGAAGACUAG